AUGGCGCUUUGGCACCGAAUCGGAAACCUCAAGCUCAGAACCCUGUGCACCCAAUUCAAACGAUCUUACAUUCAUCUUCUCCAUGCUUCCGCCCCCAAACCGUGCCCUGUGGACAUUCCACAGCCGAAUCCCGUGUUUCAUGGCAGUCCCAAUAGCGUUUUCAGUACCGUGAGAUUCUUCGCUGCACCAGUUCAGGUAAAGCACAGGAAUGUGGAGGAGGAUCCAAGUGAGCUACGGUUGAAUGAGAAAAUCACAGCUUCAUAUGUCAGGCUUGUGGAGGAUGAUGGGCAUUCAAUAGUACCAAGGUUUGAAGCAUUGGAACGUGCCAAGGCGCUUAAACUUGAUUUAGUUGAGGCUGACAUGACACUACGAAAGGAUAUUAAAGAAGUGCGAUUUUCUGAAAAAACUGAAACAAAAGACCUGAAGAACAAAGCGGGUAUGAUUAUAAAGUUAAUGGAGAAGGGUUAUCGGGUGAAGUGCAAGGUAUCAGGCAAGGAAAAUCAGGACCCGACAGUAUUAUUUUCUCCUCUUCUUGCUCUGAUGGAAGAUGUCUACAUUGUGGAAAGUGGACCACAUAUGGCAAGAAAAGAUGCAUACAUGGUCGUCAGACACGUUAAGUUUGGGCAAUCGAAGAAAAGUGGGAAGAAAUUUCAAAAUGCGACAAAUGUUACAACUCAGGAGGGUCAUAUGGAGACAUCAACUGCCAAUUCUAGUGAUUCUGUUGAAUAUGAGAGUCAUGAUGCAGAAUCUGGAUUUGAAACGGAGGAGGAGGCCCCUUUUGAUGGAGACAAGCUUUUUAAAAGUUCCAGGUCUGCAUUUAGCAGCAAUAUUACUGCCUCCCCUGAUUAUCAAACAAAUGCUGCUCCAAUUAAUGAUCCAGUAUCUCCUCCUGUGUCCGAAAAUCGGUAUAGGAGAACUAAUCAUCAUGGUGAAAAUAACGUCCAAUCUAAUGCACAAGUGCCUCCUGCUGUGACUGAGAAUAAUAGAUACAGAAGAGUAGAGCCAAGAAACAGAUUCCAGCAAACAUCAAAUAAUGCAGAUAUGAACAACUAUCAAGGUCCAGGAACAAGAGAUGGAUUCAGGUCUCCUCCGCAAAAUUGGAAUCGCCCGAAGCAAGCACCGGCAAAUGUUGAAGUUGAUCCCAGAAUAGAAAAUAACAGGCAAGCUUUUACUCCUCAUGGAUCAAGACACUCAAUUCCUUCCCGCAAUCUUCCUCCAAAUGGUCCUAAUACCCCUAGACCUGGUUAUGGCAAUUUUAGUGGUCCAAAUGAGGGUAUCCCCAAGCCUCCUGGUGCUCCCAAUACCCCAAGACCUUCUAGUUAUGGCAGUUUUAGUGCUCCAAAUGAUGGCAUCCCCAAGCAUCAUAGUUCUCCCAAUACCCCCAAGACCUUCUAG